AUGGCCGCUGCUAGCGGUUUACCGGCGUCUAAUUACCCCCGUUAUUCAUCUGUUUUCCCCUCGGUCCCUCUGUCAGCCGACGCCGCACCGUUCACGCCUCAGGGGGCCAACUUGUGGCAGCGCGGCGCUCGGCAGCAGACGGACGCCGAGCGGCUCUUUUACCGCUGUGCCGUCAAACUUCGCGGGCUACGGGCGGAUUCGAGCCAGUUGCGGGAGGAGCUCAACCUCCUCUUCGACCAGCUCAUCUCCGAGAACUUCAACCAGAGCCUGGAGCCCAACAUCAACAUUCAGCCGGAGGAUGUGUGCCUCCUGCUGGUGAAUGCCAGCCGUCUUGUGCCAAUGAGUCAAGAACACUUGGUGGUCAAGCUGUCCACGUUAGUGCAUCAUCUCCUCAACCAACUUAAGGUAAUAAUGGAUGAGGAUACGCUUGACAUCCUGCUGAAAUACAUGACGGCAGCGUUGGACGCGUGCAGCACGUGGACGCACCUUGGCGUCCUGCAAGCGCUUGCCACCGUCGUCUACGGCAACGGACCGCAGUGCCACCAGCACCUCGACAAACUGCUUGGCGAAGGCGGAGUUGUCCUCCUCUAUAGCGCUCCCUCGCAGCCAGAUAUGGACCUACGCCACGCGGCACUUACCUGUAUGGCAAACAUCUGCGUCAGGAUUUCUGGUCAGCCGUUGCUGGAUGACAAGCACAAGAGAGUUUGUUUCUCCGUCUUCCUACAAACGCUGCAGGCGGCGCGACCGGACAACAGUGACGAACUCUUUUACUGCAUUGUGAUCCAGACGGCGCUGAAAGGCCUUCACUCUUGCCUGUUGGGUGGCAAAUGGAAGUUUGGUGGCGGCGAGGUCGUCGGAUCUGUAUUGGCUGCCCUGAAGCGGCUCAUGUUCCAAGGAACCCCGGGAAUCAGCGCGGAAUGGCCCGCCGUGCUUCAUCCGGCUCCCCUCCUGCACUACGAGGGCCCGUCGGUACACAAACCCGACGACGAAGCUUCCAGAUCGGCGGACGCACCUAAGGACGGCGGAGGGAGAGCGUCGUCGAACAAGAAGAGAAGAUCCAGAGGGAAAGUGAAGAAGACGAGCAGGGAGGAGGGCGGGCGAGACGACAACGAUGAUUGUGAGACGGUGGUGAUGAAGCCUCACAAAACAGGAAGUGAAGUCAAACCUUCUGCGGUUUCGCUGUAUCCAUCGUGGAAGCGUAACACUUCUGAUUCCGAGUUUUCGGACGCGGAAGGCAGCGCGCAGAACAAGCUAAGGCUUAGUCACGCUCGCGUCCGCCAAGGGGCGCUACACUGCCUGCUAGCCGUAGUAAAGUGGGUGGAGAGGCGAACUUUGUAUGGCUACUGGUCGUCCUUCAUUCCGGAAACUCCUGUCGGAAAUGGAAGCGCACCGCCCCUCACUCUGCUCACCAUCAUAUUGAAGGACCCCUCACCAAAGGUCCGUGCGUGCGCACUUCAGGCGCUAUCGGGUAUGCUGGACGGCUCCCGUCAGUUCCUGGCAGUGGCUGAGGAUACUGCAUCGCCACGCACUUCCUUCACACCGUUUUCCUUUACCUUGGCCACUGCCGUCCGAGAGCUCCAUCGCUCCCUGAGCUUAGCUCUUGUGGCCGAGACGUCGCCGCAUACCCUCACGCAUGUCAUAAAAUGUUUGGCCCACCUCGUGUCCAACGCGCCGUACCACCGCUUGAGACCCGGCCUGCUCAGCUCACUAUGGAAGCAAAUCCGACCUUAUGUGCGCCACAGAGAUGCAAAUGUGCGAGUGUCGGCCCUGACGCUCUAUGGGGCUCUGGUGACGACUCAGGCGCCGCUUCCCGAGGUGCAGCUCCUUCUGCAGCAGCCAGAGAGCGGCACAGGCGGCGGCUCUUUCACGCCGCAACAGUUUCGCACUCUCAGCUGGCGACAAAGAGGCGACACGCCCUCGCCGCGGACUCCCCGCACGCCCAGAGAGGCAGAAGGCCAGCCACCCUGGCUGUUGACGCUCUGCGCCUCGCUCGUGACUCAGCCUCGGGACGAGCCGUCGGACAGCGAGGGCGGCGGAGGAGGCCUCACUCUGGAACCGUCACCGGUGCGACUGGAGGCCCUGCAGGUUAUUUCCCUCCUGGUGCGAGGUUACAUCUCGCUGACACAAGCCUGCCUGUGUGAAAUCGGGCAGCUCAGCGCUCGCUGCCUGGCUGAAAGCGACCCAUCCAUUCAGUUACACGGCUCUAAGCUGCUGGAGGAGCUCGGAACCGGAAUCAUCCAGCAGUACCAGGCGGAAAAUGGCGUUCCUGAGGGCAUGCGUGUCCCCAUGAGCCAAGUAGUGCAGUUCUGGACCGAGGUCCUGAGCGGGCCGCUUAACGGGGCGCUGCAGAACCAGCAACAUCCCACCCUGCAGACCAGCGCCUGUGACACGCUGGGCUCCAUCUUGCCAGAGGCCUUCGCACAGCUCCCAGAGAAGACGCAGCUGAUGUGUAUCACCGUCCUGCUGGGCCUCACCUACAGCGAUAGUGACCUGGUCAAGAUGGCCGCCGUCAGGGCUCUGGGCGUCUAUGUGCUCUUCCCUAGUCUGAGAGAGGACUUGAUGUUUGUGGCUGACACCGCCAACGUUAUCCUAGCGGCCCUGGGGGACCGAUCCUCGAACAUCCGCGCCAAAGCCGCUUGGUCUCUCGGUAAUCUGACCGACACGCUCAUCGUCAACAUGAAUUGCGUGGAGGUGGACUUCCAGGAGGAGAUGUCUGAUAUGCUGCUGCUGAAAAUGCUGCAAGCAGGCACGCGGGCAGCAGCCGACAAAGAUAAGGUUAAGUGCAAUGCUGUGCGAGCCCUCGGAAACUUGCUGCACUUUUUGCGCAAGGGUCAGCUAAGCCGCGCGGUGUUCCGGCAGCCUCUGGAAGACGCUGUGAGAGCCCUGGUCAAGACUGUGCAGUCAGUUGCCACCAUGAAGGUGCGCUGGAACGCCUGUUAUGCUCUGGGCAACGCCUUCCGCAAUCCAGACCUGCCGCUCGAGGACGCCAGCUGGUCCGGCGAUGCUUUCGCCGCCCUCUGUAACGUGGUGGAAUCUUGCAAAAACUUCAAGGUGCGCAUCAAGUCAGCAGCCGCCCUGGCCGUGCCUGCCCACCGCCGUUGCUACGGCGACACUGAACGGUUCGGCCGCGUGUGGCGCUCGCUGGCUGCUGCGCUUCAGAGCAGCGAGGAUACCCAGGACUUCCUGGAGUACCGCUACAGCGCAAGCUUGCGCCUCACGCUUUCGCGAGCCCUGCUUCACUUGCUGCGCCUCAGUCUGCCACUGGACCUGCCCGUGAUCGCCGCCUCAUUGGCCACAGAGGACGCCGGCGGCAUCAGGGAGCAUCUACUCAAGUACCUGCGGGCCGAGGGGGCGCAAGGGGAGGAAAAGGACGCGGCACCUGGGGACGGUUUCAAUCCACAGGAAAGAGUCCAGAGUCUGCAAAAGACAGUUCAACAACUUAAGGUGAUGGAGACAGACACGGAGGAGGAAGAGAGUGGGAAAAUGAGGCUGAUUUACAUCCUGGAGGAGUUGGUGAAUGCCUGCAAGGAACAAUGA